CCCCGCCCCAGCAGAGCAGUAUAAAACCACCCGCGGUCAGCUGCCCGCUGCCUGCCCGUGACCAUGAAGCCUGUCCUCCUCGCCCUGUUAGCCGCUGGCUUGGCCCUGCGGCCAGGCACCGCCCUGCAGUGCUACUCCUGCGAGGCCGAGGUCAGCAACGAGGACUGCCUGCACGUGCAGAACUGCAGCCGCUCCGAGACGGAGUGCUGGACCGAACGCAUCCGUGCUGUCGGCCUCCUGACCGUCAUCAGCAAGGGCUGCAGCGCGCACUGCGAGGAGGGCUCGGAGAACUACUACGUGGGCAAGAGGAACGUCACGUGCUGCUCCACCGACCUGUGCAACGCCAGCGGGGCCCAUGCCCUGCAGCCCGCCGCCGCCGGCGCCCUGACGCUGCUCACCGCUCUUGGCGGGCUGCUGCUUGGGGGCCCCCGCCAGCUGUAGGACCCAGGAGGACCCCGCUGUGCCCCUUGCUCACACUCCUGGGCCUGCCUCAGGUCGGCGAUGCCCAGCUGCCCUUUCCAGCACUCCCUGGCUGCCAGCCCCCCUGCCCGGCCUUCUGGGCGCUGGUGAUGCGGGAACGCCCCGCAGACCCCUGGGCCCUGGGUGGCAGCUGUCUCCACUGUUCAGUACUCCAACCCACCCCUUAACCCUCGCUCAGGCACCUCUUCCUCCAGGAAGCCCUUCCUGCCCACCCUCUCCACCGUUGAGCUGCGCGGGCUCCCCCGCACCCGGCAUGGAGCACCUCUCAGGAGCGCCCCCAAAAGCCAGAGGUGAACCCCUCUGAGCAGAAUUGGGGCCACAGGGGUAUGAGGCCCUGGGAGCCCCAAGCGAUGAACAUGGGAGGGGAGACCAUUUUCUCAUGUCCGGGGGUCCCGGGGUAGCAGCCCCAUCACACAGCAGGUCCUCAAUAAAGGCCCACGAGCCUGGCUGCAGA